GGAGGCUUCUACUAAUUAAAUAAACUCUACGGCGAUUUCUCUCACUUUGAGGACGCCUAAGAGUAGUCAGAGACUUAUUAUCACGCAAUAUCUGCCGCCUCAUCUGCGUCACGGCCGCGUUGUCCCUCCCACUCUUCGUCCAAUCAUAGUACUGUCUCGAAAGAAGCGACGCAGCUCAUUGUGCAUUGCGACAAAAAUGAAUUAGGGUCCUGGUACCCCGCGAAUUAUGUGGCUCCGUUGUUCUACAGCAUGGGUACUAGGGACUCUUUCCCUGAACGAACGAUCGACAGAAACCGUCUUAACCAACGUAAUUUCCGCGCUCGACGUCAAGCGUACGUCCAGGAGUUAGAGCAGCGUGUCCGGGAGCUCGAGGAUGCCGGGGUGCGGGCAACAAAAGAAGUCCAGCUUGCAGCUCAGCAGGUGGAUAAGGAAAACCAACUGCUAAGAUGGCUGCUCAAAACCCAGUUCGGUGUCAACGCAGGCCAAAUCAGCAAAUUCCUUUCCGAACUCAACUAUCCCACCGAUUUCUGCAUGCAAAGCUCCGUUCGGCUAGAAGGCGGAGCGGACAUGUCUAGAGUGUCCGGGGAACCAGUAUCGAGCCUGAUAUCGACCACGAAACCUGGAGAGGUGGUCAUGCCGAGAGCGACGCAGGGUUCCCCCUUUCCAACACCGAUGAGUUCGCGGGAAGAGAGACAACAAGGCGUUGGAAUUGGCCCAGAAUCUCCAGAAUAUCAAUUCAAGUCUCCCAUUACACCGUUAGCGGGCAUAGACGCUCUGCAGUCAGGACAAGCUACAUCACAUGUUCAUUUAUUCAAUCAUGGACUCCGGACGACUCUCCAAACUCCACCUUCGCAGUCCCGAACCCAUGAGGGCCGAAAUGAAACCGAACUUGAUCAUUCCUGUCAUCUUCAGCCCGUGGAUCAGCAUCUUCGAGAUUCCUGUGCUACAUCUGAGAAAGCUACUGAUUCUUGGGCUGGAGAAACGCCGUGCGAGGAAGCCGCGAGAAUCAUUGCGAGUCUUCGCGGGCCGAACACCCAGAGCGAUGUAUGGAGUGAGUUGGGUUGUGGCACAAGUCAAAGCUGCAGGGUUAAGAACCUCUCGGUUUUCGAGCUGAUGGAUAUGCAAUGAUCAUUCCGUGGGAUUAUGCUCCUUUACUCGGCACUGUGGACAUUCUCCUCGAAUGGACUUUGCGAACUUUACAUGCUGAGUCUUUGGGCGUAGGCAUAGAUCCCGUUGCAUUUCGCGUAAUGGUAUCGGCCUAAUAUGUGUUUCAUUGUCUAGACUCUCCAUUUAAUGACAUGCCUCUCCAUGGAUUCAGGAGGCUGCCUGAUUGCGCAUAGCCAAGCUGAUUGUUUCAAUACGACUUCUACUUAGCUUCCUUUCCACAGUAUGUCUUCCCGCUUCAAUUUGGAUUGAGUCACGCGAUGUCAGAAUUCUUCUCAAGGAAUGAACAGUCAUGACGAUGAAACACAGAAAAGUUCCGGACUCCCUCCAGCCCAACCACAAGCAAGCCCGGUAUCAGGCAGAAGCUUGGACUCCAAUAAUCCAUAAAAUUCUGUCACGUACCGUUGUCCUCUCACGCAGUUCUCAUUUCUCCUUCGUAAUGACCAUGUCCUCGGUUGGUGAUGCAUCAAUGCUCUCUCUAUCACCGUGAUAUCUUUCUGCCAGCUCCUCCAACGUUUGACGCUUUGUCUCUGGAAUCAGCAGGGUGGUGAAUACUCCACAAAGCAUGAAGAGAGCAAAAAUUUCCAUGACGUGAUUCAGCCACUUGUUCGUGCCAGUCUUGUUCCUUAGGGGCCCAAUUAAGGCCUGAGCGAGGACAGCACCGACUUUUCCCGCAGCGGCUGAGAUACCGUGCGCUGUCGACCGAAAGCGUGUGGGAUACACUUCGCCAGGGACUAGAGAAAUUAGCUCUCAACGAUGAAAUUUCGCCAAUAGCCUCACCAAUGAACGUCGUAGAGUUUGCCCCGAAGUUGGAAAAGAAUUGGCAAAGGACGUACAACGCUAGGAGCGUAUGUGACGAUAGUGAAUGAUAGGCAAAUCCGAUGACGCAGAACAAUAUCGUCAGAAUAAUGAAGCUGGC